UCUUUUAUAGAUUGGCGACCUUAAUUCCUGGGUCUCAAAACAUAUUAAGAAAAAAGAGUGUGUUGUUUUCAUCCCACAAGAAUCUAGCAAUGGGGAAACCUGUGGAUGUGGUUACACCAGAAAAUUACAUUUCCAAGAAAUCUCAAGUCCAGAUGUGCCACCUGAAACAAAGUGGGAUCCUCAGAAGCAUGUCAAAGAAUUCCCCAGUGAUUCACAUGGGGACAUGACAUUUACAGGAACCACCAGGACCUGGGCCAAGUAUGUGCGAGCAUCCUCCGACACUCAUCCCAGAAUGUUGUUUGAACUGAUGACGCAACUGUGGGAGCUUCGUGUACCAAGUCUUCUUAUAUCUGUGACAGGAGGAGCCAAAAACUUCAACAUCAGUCCAAGGCUGAAGACCCAGUUCAGCCGGGGCCUUGUGAAGGCUGCAGAAAGCACA